GUUAAUUAAUUGAUUAACAUGAUUUCAGUACAUCAUGUGCCCCAACAUGGGAUUUUCUUUGUUAUAUAGAAAAUUUUUGCAUCCCUCAACUCUUGAAAUCAGCCAUGGUGUCAAUCCUCUUAUACUUUGUUUUCUUGUUCCUCUACUUGCUUUACAAGUUGGGAAUUUGUCAGUGUAUUUGUCACAUACUUUGUAGAACUACAUGGGCAUGUUUCUCCACUUGCUUUUCAGCCUUAGAUUGUUGUUGCACUUGCAUUUGUUUCAACAUUCAGAAACUUCUUCUUACACCUAGGCAUAAUAGAAGAAGAAGAAGACAUCAAAAAGAUAUUGAAGAAGCAUUUGUUGAUAUUUCUAGUAACUCUAGUGAAUCACAAGGCUCUAUUAAAUUUGAUGACACAAAAAGAGGAAAAUCAUUGAGGGAACAUAGAAAAGAUCAUAUGAGAAAGUCUUUGAGGCCAAAGAGUCAUCAUAUGCAAGUCCAAAUUGUUAAUGAUUCAAUCCAUCACCACAAGAAGAAGAAGUUCAAAAAUGGUCCUAUCGAUGAUCAUAUUCGAGUGAGUAGAAGAAAAAAAUUUGCACAAAAGGGUAUGUUCGUUAAGGGUUCAACACGUUCACGAAGGAGAGUAUAAAAGACGGGGGUUCUCAGACUCUUCAAAAAUCUCACAGGGCGUGUGUUUUAUCUCACAAUAUAUAUAGUUUUGGAGAGUGAACAAUAUAGGUUUUCAAUUCUAUGGUCUUCUAAAUCUUGUAAAUUCUGAAGUUUUCGCCUAAUAUAUUGUAUAACUUGUAUACUCUGAUAGUGUAAAGAAUUGUAAUUCAUUUAAUAUUGUUUUAACAAAGAA